UUAUGUAACAGAGUAGUUUCAAUGGUUAAACAAUCUUGGAAAUCUUUGUCAUUAAUGUUCAAGAGUUAGUUAGUACUGUGAUAGAGUGCAAAACAUCUUGUAUUUGCAACUGAAAUGAAUUGUAGUGGGGUCAGUUUAGUUUUAAUUUACAAAGUAAACAUUACAUGAAGGACUUUUUGUUAACAAGAGGGCAACUUGAGAGUUAUUGGGCAGAUCGAAGAGCUAUAAGACCGAUCAAAUACUUACUCAUAGAACCACUGGCUCUUAAACUUCUCAAUGAUUCCAUAUCCAACCGACCAGUUGAGAUCAACAGUACCGAUGAUAUUCACCCUCACCAUAUCAAGGGUAUCAAGAGCUUUGCAGAGCAUGAACUUUGGGACGAAAAUUAUGGUGAUUUCUUUAUACAAUUCUUGAUGGAGAAAGGAUACUUCACCAACAAGCAGAGGAGUUACGUUUUCAACAACACUGAACGACUGAUCUUAGGAAUUCCAAAUGCUGAAAUAGGUUACGAGUUUAAAAAAAUGGUAACUUCUUUUCUGACGGAUCCUGAAGAAAUACUUAAGCGACUCAAGGAGGCUGUACAUGAACUUUCUUUCUCAGAUAGACAACAUGCAGCAACAGAAUCUAUUGUUAAGGUGUAUCCUAAAAGUCGUGGUAGGGGGAAACCGAGGAAAAAAAGAAUUGGCAAAUAUUAAAUGACAGUUUUUUGUGCAUCUACACCUCAUAUUUGUGACUAAUAUGAUAGUAUUUUACUAAUAAUUUUACCAUAAAUGUAUGUAUUGUAAACUUAGAUCUAAUGCAACAGAGUACAGUCUGAA